AUGGGGAGCGGUGCAUUUGCCGUCUUCCUCACCCUGGCCCUGGUCCUGGUCCUGGCAGCACGCAUCAUCCCUGCAGAGAGGAAGUGCCAGCUCAGCGGGCUGUGGAGGAAUGAGCUUGACUCACUGAUGGAGAUUUCAGCAGUGAAGGACGAUGGGGAAUUCCAGGGGAGAUACCUCACAUGGGUCACCCUCGGCGGCGGCUGCGCCCGCGCCUCCCCCCUGAAGGGUGCCCAGCAGCAGCCCAUUGAGGGGGGCUGGCCCACCUUUGCCUUCACUGUGCGCUGGGACAAGUUCUCCAAUGCCACCACGGCCUUCGUGGGGCAGUGCUUUGUGGACACGGGUGGAAAGGAGACGCUGACCACCAUGUGGAUGCUGCGAGAACCCGUUGGGUCCCUCCAGGAAGAUUGGAAAGCCACAAGGGUGGGAAGAAACAUUUUCACGCGCAAACGUGUCCGAAAAGGAAAGGUCCUGCCAAGCUUGUCCCCAUCUUGUGAGGAUGUAUCUUCGCCUACCCCAUGA